UGAAAUCUUCCCAUCCACACCCUGCAUCACGCCCCCCCUUCUCUCGGUAUUUUUUACUCUCGUCCCUCUUUUGUUUUAGUCUUAAAAGUUCAGAUCACUUGCGCCUUAUUACAAUGGAUCACUCCCGCGAUCCCUGUCCCUGGGUUGCCUUAUCGGAUUUCGGAGGAGCAUUCUGUAUGGGUGCUAUCGGCGGCGCCGUCUGGCAUGGCGUCAAAGGUUUCAGAAACAGCCCCUACGGCGAGCGACGAAUAGGAGCAAUCACAGCUAUCAAGGCGCGAGCGCCUGUUCUAGGAGGCAACUUUGGUGUCUGGGGAGGUCUAUUCUCGACAUUUGAUUGCGCCGUGAAAGGAAUUCGGAAGAAGGAAGAUCCUUAUAAUGCCAUCAUUGCCGGUUUCUUCACUGGCGGUGCUUUGGCAAUCAGAGGCGGGUACAAGGCUGCUCGGAACUCGGCUAUUAUGUGCGGCGUUUUCCUCGCAGUCAUCGAAGGUGUGGGUAUUGGAUUCCAGCGGAUGAUGGCCGAUAAUACAAGAUUAGAUCUUCCUCCACCUCCAACAGACAAGGCCGUUGCCUAACUUUCCCCCAUUUAAUCCACCAGUUACCGCGUUAUAAUCCUUCUCGCAAUGCUGUAUAGCCCUGUAUCAUAUCAACUCUUUUUUUAUUUGCUUUACCUCCGGCGUCUUGGGCUACGGGUCAUGAAUCCAAAAAGGGCAUGGCAAGGUGUUUUUGUUUAUAAUCCCUUACUCCAGGACUUUCGAAAUAUAUAUUUUCGCAUAUUUGUGUCCCUUUUCCAGCCACCCUAGACUGAAACCCGCCGUGAAUCUCCAAACCACCAAGUCAAAGUGAAAUUGGAGACCUUGGAGGCGCGCUUGGCCUAGCCGUGGAGGGAAUUGGUAUACUAACAUUGGCUAAAGGCGCACUGAGCACAAUCCUGGCAGAAUGAAAGCUGAUGCUGAAACCUGGG